CAACUCUUAUAAUGCAGUGAUUACUUGUUCUGUGACUCUGUGUUUGUUUCGACUAUAAAACGUCUUCAAGUUGACACUUUUUAUUUUGUAUAAUGUUUUAUUUUGCUUGAUUUUGUUUGCAUUUUUUUAAAGUGUAAGCUUUAUUUAUUAUUAUCAGUAACUUGGUGUGGCGAUUAAUAAAAGUUUAAAUUUAAUAUUUAAAUGCCAAGACAGGAAUACCUAGCAAUAUGAAUAAUUCGGCAGCAAAAGUUGGAGAAAUAUUUACAGAAGCUGGAGCAGCAUUCAACAAAUUAGCUGAAAUGACUAUGAUGCUACAUCCAAUAGCAGAGUCAACUACAGCAAGUUCACAGUCAAAGACUCCACUAAAAAGGAAAGCUCCUGAAGAGCGAAUAGUAACAGCAAAUAGUCCUCCAUCUGUACAAGGUCAACAUAAUAUACAUACGGCACCAAUGUUACAACAGGUGACACUUAAUAUGCUGAAUGCCCAGGAAACAGAAAUGGAUGUAGAAGGACUUGGCAAUGAUGUUAAAUUAGAGUUUGAAGCCAGUACUGAUGAAGUCACUACAUAGUCAAAUUGUAUAAAGACAUUAAUAAUAUUUUUGUAAAACAUUCUGAGGCACCAUUUCUCUAAACUUAUCCUUUAAUCUAUAAUUUUAAUUUAGAAGUUUUGCUAAAUUACCAUUUUUGACUAUCACAAAUUAGGUUUAUAAUAAUUUGACUUAAAUUUAUUAGAAAUUUAAUUCAUAUUGAACCACAGAAUAAAGAUUUAGCAGUGAUAUCAAAUUAAAAUUUUAAGUGAUAAUUCUCGAGAAAUGGUGCCUCAUUAUCAAUCCCAUUGUAUGUCGAGAUUACUUUAGUAGUGUUUAUAAAAUAUAUCUAUGUACAAAUAAAUAUAAGAACUUAUUUCUUUAUAAUAUA